AUAUUCUACUGUACAAGCCCCGUGCAAUAAAGUUCCUGUAUUUCAAAACCAUUUUAGCCCGACCUAUAAUACACGGACUUCCCACUUUAUUGGCGAUCUGUCAUUAUUAGAAUAACUAUUUGUAAUUCCUUUACACCUAGGAAACUGCAAUAACUAUUCUUCGUGUUCGUGUUCCGCCACAACCGUCGCCGACAUCGCCUCAGUGUUUCGGUUUGCAGUGAAACAAAAAUGAUUUUGAGAUAAAUUCAAACACAGUGAAGUUGUAAAACUAUUGGAACGUGGUGCAGCGUCAAAAAAAACGUAAAAUUAAAAGGGUGAAAGUGUUGGUGCAGUGCGUAGUGUGAAACAGUGGUAUGGAGAGUGUGUCCGGUGCCCUGGUCUGGAGCCGCGUGCCGUGGUGACAUGGGCUGGCGCGCGUGACGCGGGGCUCCUCGAGUGACACACGCGUGGGGCCUAGAGCCUGCACCGCUCACCUAGUAUUAUGAAUACAAAAGGCAAUAAGGACAAAGCGACUGAAGAAAAACGAAAUUCUAGUGCGGCGGGCGCGGUGGGCGCGCGCGGCGGCGGCAGCAGCGGGAUGCACACGUCACGGCACUCUGUGACGUCAUCGUCGGGCGUGCUCAUGGUGGGGCCCAACUUCCGCGUCGGCAAGAAGAUAGGAUGCGGCAACUUCGGGGAACUACGGCUCGGAAAAAACCUCUACAACAAUGAGCACGUCGCGAUCAAGAUGGAGCCGAUGAAGUCGAAGGCUCCGCAGCUGCACCUCGAGUACAGGUUCUACAAGCUGCUCGGCACCCAUGCCCCGUCGACAGCGGAAGGGGUGCCCGAGGUGUACUACUUCGGGCCGUGCGGCAAGUACAACGCCCUGGUGAUGGAGUUGCUCGGCCCAUCGCUCGAGGAUCUGUUCGACUUGUGCGGCCGCCGGUUCUCUUUAAAGACUGUCCUUAUGAUCGCUAUGCAAUUGUUACAUCGUAUCGAGUAUGUUCAUUCAAGACAUCUCAUUUACCGGGAUGUGAAACCAGAGAAUUUUUUAAUAGGUAGAACUGCAACUAAACGGGAAAAAAUCAUUCACAUCAUUGAUUUUGGAUUGGCCAAAGAAUAUAUAGACUUAGAGACAAACAAACAUAUCCCAUAUCGGGAGCACAAGUCGCUCACAGGCACCGCGAGAUACAUGUCAAUAAAUACACACUUAGGCAAAGAACAAUCUAGACGCGACGACCUGGAGGCUCUGGGGCAUAUGUUUAUGUAUUUUUUACGUGGUUCCUUACCCUGGCAGGGUUUAAAAGCUGAUACACUAAAAGAAAGAUACCAAAAAAUCGGAGACACCAAGCGGGCUACUCCUAUUGAGGUGCUAUGCGAAGGCCACCCCGAGGAGCUGGCGACCUACCUGCGCUACGUGCGGCGGCUGGACUUCUUCGAGACGCCGGACUAUGACCAACUGCGCCGCAUGUUCCGCGACCUGUUCGAGCGCCGCGGCUACAGCGACGACGGCGAGUUCGACUGGACCGGCAAGACCAUGUCGACUCCAGUUGGGUCCAUCCAGACAGGACACGAGGUCGUGGUGUCACCCAACCGCGACAGACACCAACCCUUCAAGGGCGGAGUGAAGGACUCUGGCACGGGAGGCACCGCCAACACGGGGGGCAACUGGCCCCACAGCGGCAAGGCCACCCCGCUCACCACCGGUGGACAUCUCACCCCGGCCGACAGACACGGCUCUGUGCAGCUGUUGAAGAAUAAUCAUUUUCGGUAUGUGAAAUUUCCCGGAUCGGUUACGACGGUGGUGUCAUCGACGAACGGCGAGCUCGGCGCGGACGACCCGACGGCGGGGCACAGCAACACGCCCAUCACGCAGCCGCACCACGACGUGGACGUCACCAGCGACACCAAGUCCGUGUUCCAGUUGCAAUCCAUCUUUUCCAGAUGCUGUUGUUUCUUCAAACGCAAAAAGAAGAAGUGCGCCGCCCGCGCCGGCAAGUGACGUGUGGUGUGACCGAGUCGCCCCCCCACCACCCUGUAUAUCUCACUUGGACUGCUACCGUGUAAUAAGCGUAGAAACGAUACUAGAGACGGCGUGAUAACAUAACUUUGGCGCUAAACUUCUACGCUGGUAUUACUGUACUGUGCUUUUACUGUCUUUCUAAG